AAAAAUGGAUGACGAUUUCCGACUCUCGAACGACUUUGGAAGGACAAGUACCAUCACUGCACACGCUCGUGUCUUGUAUCCAGAGCCUGCGAUUGACUCGCCAUUUCCUGAAACUCGCUAAAACACGAAGAAAUAACUCUUCAGUUGUAGAUUCAAGAACGUUUGGCCAUGGAAGAUAGAGAGGGUUUGAAGCUGGAGCAGAGGCAUGGGAAAGCUAGGGUUAGGGUUUCAAGGGUGUGGAGAAGGCCUGGAGGGGAGCAAUUCAUUGUAGAAUGGAAUGUGAGCGUAAAUCUCUACUCUGAUUGCCCGCAAGCUUACUUCAAGGGAGACAAUUCUGAUAUUGUUGCCACUGAUUCGAUGAAGAACACGGUCUAUGUGAAGGCAAAGGAAUGUCAGCAAAUUCUCUCAGUAGAGGACUUCGCUAUCAUUCUUGGGAAUCACUUCACUGCAACAUAUCCACAGGUCACACGUGCAAUCAUUAAGAUAGUGGAGAAGCCAUGGGAACGCUUCCUUGUAGACGGUGAACAUCAUAAGCAUGGCUUCAAACUUGGGUCUGAGAGGCAUACAACCGAAGUAGAUGUAGAGAGGGGUGGUGCUUUACUUGUAACUUCUGGAGUUGAGGGCCUUUCUGUGCUGAAGACAACAAAUUCGGGCUUUGAAGGGUUCAUACGGGAUGAGUACACACUGCUGAAAGACACAAACGAGAGGAUACUGGCCACUGAGGUGAGUGCUCUUUGGAGGUACUCAAGUGUUCCAUUAAGGCCAUUUACUUUUUCUGAAAGAUACCUUGCUGUGAAGAAGGCCUUGCUUGAAACCUUCUUUGGUCCACCCAAUGAAGGAGUAUACAGCCCAUCUGUUCAAACUACACUCUAUCUAAUGGCCCGAGCCAUUCUUCAAAGGUUCCCAGAUGUUGAAUGGGUCCAUCUGAAAAUGCCAAACCUUCAUUUCUUGCCUGUCAAUCUGGGAGGUCUUGUGAAGUUUAAUGAUGAUGUGUAUAUACCUACUGAUGAGCCACAUGGAACAAUUGAAGCUUGCCUGAGCAGGAAGCAUGCCAUACCCCUCCCAUCGAAGCUAUAGCUCCAGCAGACAGUUAUGGAUGAGGCUUCGGAAUCAGGAUCUCUUGUUCGAGAUGAUAGGCAGGAGCAUGAGAAGGUUUCGAGUGGGAAAAAUGUAGCUGGAAAAUUAACGAGGCAGAAAGGUCAAGUGCUGGGAAGCCCAAGAUCGAAGCCUGUUGUUUUGGGGAAAGGGGCUAUUCUGAGAAGAGAAUUCAGGUAGGAAUUGUGUAUAUGAAUGGGUAAUUAUAUAAGAAUCGAAAAAUAUUUAUUAAAACAAGAAUGUGUUAUGGUUUUGUAUUUUAUUUGGUGUUGAUAUCGAAUUGUCACCAUGCGUGAAAGCUUAAUGGAGGCAUUGUAGAAGUGUGAUUUAUUUGAAUGUGUUAUUGUGUUGUGUUUUUUCAGA